CUGACCGCAUUAUGACCUACUUCCCUUUCUCCUUUUUCUUUUAUUUUUUCUUUUCUACCUUCUCGCAGCAGUCAGCUUAUAUAGGAGGAAAUUACUUCUGGGAGCCUCUUAUUGAAGAUACAGACCUCUCUUCUAUCUUCAUCCUUGUUAAUUAAUGUUACUUGCAAAAAUGGAGUACAAAUGGUCUUUGAUAAUAUUGGCAUUUGUAGUAGUGCCUGUGAAUUGUAACUAUUCUUCACUGGAGAAAUGUUAUCACUGCCCUACCAAUCCAGAGGCUUCAACCCAAGGCCGUCAUUUGGAGGGGAUGUCAGGUACCAAACAAUGCUGUAAAGGGGAAGUUCAUGAGUACUUCAAGAGCACCCAUUAUAAGAAAACCAUCUCAAAAGGUAACUCGGUUGAGGUCCAAGAAAGCAGCUCCCACGAGGAGUACCACUCAUUUAUCUCUGCCUGUGCUCACUACCAGCCCUAUGGCUUUGGUAAUACCUACAUCAACGGGAACUUCUUUGGAGACAUGGAAGUCGCAGCUUUUCUUGCCCAUCUUGACAGCACAAUUUACUGUGGAAAUCAAGUGGCCACCAUGGAACAAUUAGCCCAGGGUUCAUGCUACAAUAACGAAAUGAAUUUCAACUUGAAUUACUGUGAUGAACACUACACAAAUAUUUAUCCUUGUGCACCUGGAGUUGCAUACUAUGGUCGAGGUUUUCUACCUAUUUAUUGGAACUACAAUUAUGGAAAAGCAAGUAAAGAUUUGAAUGUUGAUUUGUUGAGCCAUCCAGAAUAUAUUGACCAAAAUACGACCUUGGCCUUCCAAGUUUCACUUUGGAGGUGGAUGACACCAAUUAAGGAGAACCAGCCUUCAGCACACAAUGUCUUUAUUGGUUACUUGGAACCCACCAAGAAUGACACUUCAACCAAUGGAGUUUCUGGUUUUGGUGCCACCAUGAAGGUACUUUACGGAGAUCUUGUUUGUGGUCAAGAUGAUAAUGAGUCCAUGAAUAACAUCAUCUCUAAUUACCUACAUUACCUUGAUACAAUGGGUGUUGCUCAAGAAGAAGCAAGAUCUUAUGAAGUGCUUAGUUGUGCUAAGCAGAUUGCUUCCAAUCCACCAUUUUCCUCGUAUCCUUAAGCUUUGUUUGGUGUUUAUGAAUUAUUUUGUAUGGACCAUAUCUAAACUUUUCUAUGUUUUUAUAAUUAGUAUGUAACUCGCACCAUGUAAGGACACUUUUUCUUUUUCUUUUUUCUUUUUGUUAAAGAAAAUAAUUGAGAAGAAAAUAGCAGUUAAGCAAAA